UCCGCGCUCCGCUGAGCCCACCGCCUCUGCACCAAUCACAACGCGAACACAUUCUCAAAUACAUAACCACGAAUACACGCACGCACGCGCACUCUCUGUGACACAUCCCUCCAGUUCCCCACUGCGCUGCCUUCACAUGCGUCCCCGCCGACUCUCUGCGUAGCGCCGGCUGCGCCAAGAUGAGCGUGGUCUCCUCGGUACCAUCCGAACGGUACCAGCCCGCCGCCUGACCAAGCCGGAGCCACACCGAGGCGCAGAGGAAGAGGGAGGUACGCCGUCUCUCCUCUGUUAAAAAAAAUAAAUAAAAAAAAAAAAAAAUAGAAAGGAAAAAGGAGAAAGCCUAAAGGACACCGCGAGGCGCAACGCGUUUGUUGUUUCGGCAUCCUUCCUCACCCCCUCCUCCUCUUCCUCCGCUCCUCUCCUCCCCGCAGCCUCCGUUGUUACCGGUCAGUCGGUGUGAAGGUGAAGGAGAAACCCGGGGAUCCCUGCCCCGCGUUUUGGUGGAAUAACAUCUGUUCUUUUUUUAUUAGUUUUUUUUUUACUUUUUUGAAAGGGGGGGAGAGAAGGAUAUUUUUGUCCCCCCCCCUUUUUCUUUCUUUUUUUUUUUUCUCCCGCUGGGUGUUGGGAGCGAGCGCGCAGCUGCUGUGCGCCCGUUCAGAUUCACCCCCCAAUGGUGGAUUUGGCAAACAUGGAGACAGUGGAGAAGGAAUGCGGGGCCCUCGGGGGUCUAUUCCAGGCGAUAGUGAACGACAUGAAGUGCUCCUAUCCUGUGUGGGAGGACUUCAGUGCCAAGGCCACCAAGCUGCAUUCCCAGCUCCGAACCACUGUUCUGGCUGCUGUGGCCUUCCUGGAUGCCUUUCAGAAAGUGGCAGACAUGGCUACCAACACCAGAGGGGCGACCAGAGACAUCGGUUCGGCUCUUACCAGGAUGUGCAUGAGACAUCGCAGCAUCGAAGCCAAACUUCGCCAGUUCACGAAUGCUCUGAUGGAGAGUCUGAUCACUCCUCUCCAGGAUAAGAUAGAAGACUGGAAGAAGACCGCCAACCAGCUGGAUAAGGACCAUGCCAAAGAGUACAAGAGGUCACGCCACGAGAUCAAGAAGAAGUCAUCUGACACCAUCAAGCUGCAGAAGAAGGCUCGUAAAGAGAUUCAGGGGCGAGGCGACCUGCAGCCGCAGCUGGACAGCGCCAUGCAGGAUGUGACCGACAUGUGUCUGCUGAUGGAGGAGACGGAGAAGCAGGCGGUGCGCCGCGCCCUGGUGGAGGAGAGGGGGCGCUUCUGCACCUUCAUCGGCUUCCUUCAGCCUGUGGUGAACGGAGAGAUCGCCAUGCUGGGAGAGAUCACCCACCUCCAGGCCAUCAUCGACGACCUCACAGUGCUGACCACCGACCCCCACAAGCUGCCCCCUGCCAGCGAACAGGUGAUCAAGGAUCUGAAGGGCUCCGAUUACAGCUGGUCCUACCAGACCCCCCCGUCGUCCCCGAGCAGCUCUGGCUCACGCAAGAGCAGCAUGUGCAGCAGCGUCAACAGCGCCCACAGCAGCGCCUCCCGUUCGUCGGGGGGAGGUGCAGGUGUGGGUAGUGGUGGAGGAGGGUCCCAGCCACACUCACCUUCCUCCUCCUCCUCCUAUCGCUACCGCAGCAGCAUGCCUCAACAGCCUCCACCACCAGGGGGCAUUGCAGCCCACCGCCUCAGCAGUGUUUCCUCCCACGAUUCGGGCUUCGUGUCCCAAGAUGCUAACAUCUAUUCCAAGCCUCCCUCGCCAAUGCCCUCGGACAUCACCAGUCAGAAAUCUUCCAGCUCUGCAUCAUCAGAGGCUUCAGAAACAUGCCAGUCAGUCAGUGAAUGCAGCUCCCCCACCACUUUUGGCUCGUCCUUCGUUACCUUCCGCCCCGCUCUCUCUCACUCUGGCUCCACCAGGCCUCUCUCUGUCAUUCUUCCCGUUCCUGCGUCCCCACCCUAUAUCCGCCCCUCUGGAUCCAGCUCCUCCUCUCCCACAUCAAAGGUUCCCAUGUGGAAGGACUGGUCCAAAGCAGGUCAGUACGAGCAGCCUGCGGCCGCCGCUCCAGUCCAGAGGAGAAAGGAGGCGGUGGAUAGGCUGAGAGAGAGCGAGGGCUCGCCGGGUUCCCAUGGAUACGCCGCAGCAGCACACCCAGAAGAGGGCCAGAGGCCCCGGAUGACACCUGCUAGCAUCGCUGCUAAGCACGGCGAGGAGGUUUCCCCGGCAGCCAGUGACCUGGCCAUGGUGCUGACCCGAGGCCUGAGCGUGGAGCAGCAGAAGAGCAGCCGGGACUCCCUGCAGUACUCCAGCGGCUACAGCACGGAGACCACAACCCCGUCCUGCUCCGAGGACACCAUCCCUUCACAAGGUUCAGAUUACGACUGCUACUCCGUAAACGGAGACACUGAAGGCCCGGAUGGACAGGCAGAGUUUGACAAGUCUUCUACAAUUCCUCGCCAUUCCAACAUUGCCCAGAACUACAGGCGCAUGAUCCAGACCAAAAGGCCAGCCAGUACAGCUGGUCUGCCCAGUGGGGUCCUUGGUCCAGGAGUUCAUGGGAUACCAGGACAGCCAGGUGGCGCUGGUGGAGGAGGAGGAUCAGGGACUCCGGGCACCGCUACUAUCCGUCGAACCCCAUCGACCAAACCGGGGGUGCGGCGUACACUGUCCAGUGCGGGGCCCAUCCCUAUCCGACCACCCAUUGUGCCUGUCAAAACACCCACUGUUCCCGCAGACUCACAUUCACCUGGUGCAGGUGGCUACGCGGGCGGAGGGCAAGCAGGCAGCGUUCCCGUCAGAGUGGGAAGUGAAGAGUGUGUGUUCUUCACCGGGGCCGAGGAUGGCCAAGGAGGGCUCGAUUAUGUGAAGGCAUCACCGAAGCGCCUCAGCCUGCCCAACACCGCCUGGGGCUCCGGGGCAGCGCUGGAGGUCUAUGCCCAGCAGCACUGCAUGGCGUCGGGCUCAGCAGCCGGGUCAGAGGAGGAGCAGAUGAUCGCGGCCAACCGGCACAGCUUGGUGGAGAAGAUCGGAGAGUUGGUAGCGAGCGCGCACGCCCUCGGCGAGGGUCAGUUCCCUUUCCCCGCUCUCCCAGAUGACCCGACCCCAACGCCAGGUGGCCCGAGCGAAACUCAGACGGAAGGGGCCGAGGGGUCCGGCGACAUGCUGACCACGAUCAGAAGAGGAGUUCGCCUUCGCAAAACGGUCUCCAACGACCGCUCAGCUCCCCGUAUAUUGUGAUCAGUGGAGAAAUGCGAAGGGUCGUCAGUCAAUAGGUCAGAUGUUGGCGUGGUAGAACCCAACCACCUAGUGAGUACAUGAAAACAUAACCAUGUUGGAAAAGCUAUCACAUAACAGUGGAUGAAUAGAAACGGAAAAAAAAUCCAUACAGAAAAUGUUUAAAGACACCUUUAGAGUAAAUGAUAUACAGUCUAAUAUAACGAUAACAUAAGUAACCAUAACGAUGCUGACGAGUACAAGUGAAAUACUUCAUGUUGACCUAGCAGGCCGCUAUAACUAUUGUGUGUUGGACGCAUGUUUGUCUUCUAUACGCCGUCAGACAGGGACGGAGAGACUCAUAGGAAAAGUGAUUUUGAAAAUAAAUGGAGGCAAAGAAAGAAGAGCGCUGGGUUCUGUUCUGUUUGCCACCGAACCCGUCUCCCUGUCCUGUUGUCCGACUAACCCAGCUGACCGAUCCAACUUGAAAGACUGACGGAAGGGGGCUGAUGAGGACCAGAGAGAGACAGAGAGGUGGGGGACUCAGAUCGCCUCGCGAACAGCUUCAACUGAAGCCAGGUCGUCUAGGCAAUGACACGCUGUGCCGAAAAGGCCGUCGAACUGCUUGGCACGAGUACGGGGAGCUAACAAACCAGAGGGCCACUCUGGUUCACGCUUAAUGUAAAAAAAAAAAAAACGCCGUUGGCAUUGAGCCGUACUUGUUGCCCCUUCCCCUCUCUUCUCUCUCUCUCUCUCUUUUUCUGCGUACAUUCGUAUGCAUCUUGGAAAAUGUAAAAUGGAGCGCGUGGGUACAUGUGGUUGAUUGUGUGUGUGUGUGUGAGAGAGGGGAUGGGUAGAGCUCUGCUGCGGGACAGCCGGUUACCCAACGAGGGCAGGGCUUUUUUCUUUAUUUUUUUCUUUUUCUGCUGUGUCGUGUGUGUAUUUUCUCGUUUAUAUCGUGACGUCGUUUACCUUGUUACCGCUGUACGGGAAGUUCCAAGACCUGUUCCAGGCCUAUAGAUAUAUUCAUAUAUAUUUUCUAGAAGCAGAGAGAAAAAAAAAACAAAACAAACAAACAAACAAAAAAAACAAACAAAAAAACGUGAAAUCAGAAAUGGAGCAAUAAAUGUGAUUUAUUUUCUCGUUUUGAGGAAGCGGUUGGAUUCGGAGGAUUGCAGAUUCUCCUUUGUCCCAUUCAGGCAAUCAUCAGGAAUGCUAAAUUACACAUCGACUGUGAAUUCAUGGGUUUUUCAUGCGCCUCUCUCUCUCUCUUUCUCUCUCUCUCUGUCCCAGUUUCUUUCUAUUAAAUCAAGUGGAUUACAAAAAAUUUGAAAACAGAAAAACUGUAAGCACUUUGAUGAGAGUAGAGUCUGUACAAUAGCCAGUAGAUGUUGCUGUAGUCAUGCUGUAUGUGUGGAAGGGUGCUGGAGGGGGAAGAGGAGUGAAAGCAGUGACUGUGUCCUAAGGAGAUGAUUUAAUACAUUAAAGUAGAAGAAGGCAGUGAGAGGUAAAGAGGAUGUGAAGAAGACUGCUGGCACUGGAGUGAUUGGAUAAAUGAGAAAAUGUAUGAAUAUUUUCUGAAGAUGGAUCAGGUUUUAAGGCGGGAGGCGGGAUGGGAAUGACAUUGAACGGGUAUUUUAAGGAUUGAAGACAUACUGGGGGGGAAUACAAUGUUUUGCUUAGUGAGAUGUUUUUUUUUUUUUUUUUUUUUGGAAAUAUGUUUUUAGGCCUAAAACAUUUUUUAAAGAUAAUUUUUAAAAAUCCGUUUAGUUUUUUUUUUUUUUUUGUCUUUUACCUUAAAACUAGAUGUAAAUCAGACGACUUUUAAAAUGGAAAAAUACAUUUCGAAACUGUAAAGCACAUCGAGUGGAACAAUUAAAGCACCAUCUCAGGAAAGGCACGUCACUUUAUGUUUUUCUUUUGAGCGCAAGUAAAGAGAAAUAGCCAAACCUGAUUGUAAUUGGGUGGAAAUAAAACCUGGAAAAAGUUAAACAAGAGAGACAUUCAAAAUUCGGUUGGUCUCAUGAUACUGACACCACAGAGAAGCUGCAGGACCUGAUCUCCAGAAUGCUGACGGUUUUCCAUGAGCUCGCAAACACAACACAAAAAUAUCAGCUUUUUGAAAAACUCUGUAUGAUUUUUAAUACCAGCCCUAUCUUAAAACAGAACGUCCCUCGAUGCUAAACACUGCAGUGUAAUUACACAGUAACUCUUAGAAACGGCAUUAGCCUUUGCUACUGUGUUGGUGUAGUGCUGUAGUGGUAGCGAAACUACAGUUUAUGAUUAGUGCGUAGGGCUAGUGUUCCUAGCCAUGCUCACAACUGUCUGUCACAUUUCCUAUCAGAAGAAAACUUUUGGUUAAAUAACAAAAAAAAAAAAGAUCUAAAUUAAACAGGGGGGUUUAAACAGUUGACUUUUGGGGUCAAUUGUAAUGAAUGAGCCUUUUAUCGAAGCUAAAGUAUUGAAAAACUAUUUACUUUGCUAUUUUUUAGAAUUAAGAGUGCAAGAAAGUUGGCCAAAAUAUGUUUCAGAUGAGACAUGAGAACGUGUUCGCAUUGAGGUGCUCUCAUAUACAUUCUCAGUGCUCAAUGGAAAAGAACAAACGUAAAGAAAGAAAAAAAGCGAACAAGCAAGGCACCCAGCACAGUUCAGCUUAGUUUUGUGCCAAUCCUUAGGUUAAGCUCAGGACAAACAUUAUGAAAGAUUGAUCUUUUAGAUCUGAGAUUAGGUGGAGCCUGUAUGGGAGGAUACGGACGAGUCUGUUAAAGUUGACAGGAAGAGGGAAAGAUGUGUGGAAUGAGCGUUUCACUGCCUGCUCAUACGGUACGUAUGUAACUGUAUGUGCUGUACUUCUCAAAGAGAAUCCGGUGCACAGGUCUGGUGUAAAGGGUUGUUAGAAAAUAUCUCAUUAGCUUAAAUAAAAAUAAUAAUUAUAAUUUGUUUUUGUCUUCUACUGUUACUGUUGGAAUACUAGAUCUUGCUUUAAUUAUUGUAAAAAUAGGAGGCGAAAAGUCCAGUUGUAACACAAACUAACUGAGGUGUGUGACAUGUGGAUGUAAGGCGCUGAGAAUGAGUGUGUGUUUGGAUGUGUCAAUGACUGGCUGUUGAUCUCUAGGCUAAUAAACUUUUCAUCACCAUGUCUGUACAUGUCUCCAGCAGUGAUCUGAACAUAAGCAUUAAUAUGAGCACUCAUUUAUUUUUUAUCCUACGCAUUCAUUAGGUUCCUUUGCAUUUUUGAAAUUAACAUCAAAUAAUGCUUCCAGGAGGGGUUUUUUUUCUUUCUCCCUAUUGCUUUAAUUUUAAUGUCUUUGUCACAGUAUGGGUGUUUUUAUCUCACUUUGCUGCUAUGAGGCAACUAAAUGAAAGAACGAAGUCAAGAGCAGAUUGGUUCCAUAUACACAAAAUCAUUUUAGGCAAAAAUAUGUUGGUCUUUUUCUGUCUUUAGAUUAUCUGUCGCUACACAUCUAGAUGUUUAUGAUGGAUUUACUGCAGAGAUAAAAGCAACAUCAGUCCCAGAGCUUCAGAGUUAAACUUCAAUAAGUACCCAGUGGAAAUCAGAGGCCAGCAAUUUAAGUUCCGUCUACCUGAAUUUCCUUUUACAAUGUGGGUUUGAUCCAUUAAAACCCCACAGUUUUAAUGAUGAUUACCCUCUUACAGGGUAAUCAUCAUUACCCUCUUAAAGUUCUUCCACAGUGUAUAGUUUUGAUUUGAACAUUUCUUAAAGCUCCUGCAAUAUCUGCUAAAUGUUUCCACCUGUCGUUCUUUGAAGGGUUAUUUUUAAAACCAUUGGGGGGGGAAGGAAUCCACAAAAAAAUAAAAUAAAAUAAAGUGUUACGUAAUUUGUUAGCUUUUUACGAACUUAAAAAUAACUCAUUCGCAAAACUGUUUAGAUUUUAUUUUUCACAAGGAUCUGGUUUAACAAGAGGAGCACUCACUUUUCCCCUGAAAUACUAAAUGAGGCAAAUUUUACAGCUGUUCUUUUUUUUUCUCCACCUAAUUGACACAUUAGUGCUCCAAAUAAUCUGAAAAAUAAAAUUUAAAGUAGAGCUGAAUUCAGUAGGCUGUGCCCUGUUUAACAACCCUUUAGUUUAGCCCUGAAAGAAGAAAGCGUUGUUAGCGGCUAAUGGUUAACCAGUGUUGGUAUACUUGCAGCGCUAGCAAAACAUUUAUAUACUGUCCGUGAAGGACUAAUAAACAACCUCAGUUCCAAUAAAAAUUACUAAUAUGUUUCAGAAGGAACUGAUGCCACUUUACAAUCGAUUGAACUCUCAGAAUAAUAAUUUCAGAAAACACAAAAACACACUGAAAUUCAAUGGACUAGUGGGAUGGAGUAAGCUAGCCUAACUUCAUGCAGCUUCACCACAUCUGGCACAACAGGGAGGUUCCAGUUCAGCCCGCUUCCAUUAUUAGAACGGAAAUGUUUCAUUACUAUUUUCCUGAUCCAAUGAGUGUAAAAUAAUUAGAGCAGGAGAUUUAACAUCUAAGAUUUCUUGACCUGCUAAAGCUUGUUUGGGGAAUUCACUGGCUUUUGUCUUUCCCUUGUGGCUAAUUUAUGCCUCUCCCCCGAUCAGAUUUUGCUCGCAGGCUGACUUAAUCUGUCACCUUUUCUCUAGUGGUUUCUUUUUUUUUCUUUGAAUUAUCCAAAAUGCUAUCAGAAAUUAUUUAAAAGUAGUGGGGUGCUUAUAUAACCAAGUGGUCAACCCAACCAGGUUUGGGGUUUUUUCCCCACUCUGUCAAACACAAUACAGCUCAAGAACUACUUCCUUUAUUGCUUCAAAUUAAAAGUGUCAAACAAAAUAGAACGCUCAUUUUACAUAAAAAUAAAAUAAGCCUACUUAUCCAGAUGUGGUUAACUGGAUAAUGUUUACACAGCCAGACUUUGAUGACAGACAUGUUGGUGUAAUAUCACAGGUUCUUAUUCCACAAGAUCUAAAUCCACCCCUACCAGAAAGGAAUCCAAGGAAAUUCAGUUUUACUUUGAUGGAUUAUUUUGUGCUGAACUGCCUGUGUCAACAUGCUGAAUUGAUUUUUGCUCCAGUUUUGUCAUUUUCUGAGUCGCUAUGUAAAUAACAGCAAGCCAACCAGAAGACGAGCAAAGCCGCAGCGUGUUUGUACAUAGGAGGGAAAAUAAAGGAAUAUUGUGCCAACAUGCAUGCUCCCACAUGGCCUCAUACACCCAGCCUACACUCUCAAAUUGCUCUUAGCACUCUUUGGCAAGCUAAAGCAGGCAGAUAUGUUUCUUUUUUGCCAUGUUGAGGUCUUUCAUCCUGUAACCUCUCACUAUUUCCUGGGCCCUCGUCUCCUUCCAUACAUCGGUACACCUGGAGAUGCUGCGCAGCAGACAAGUUAAAAAACCAAAAACCAAACAGUGCUUGUCACGGUGGUGGAUGGGAGCCCCAAAACACAGUGGUUGGUCUCUCUGUGCCUCUCAGUCUAUUAAAGCUAAUGAAAAAUAAUUCUGAUGAAGUCUUAAUUUCCACCUACGUCCGCUGCGGAUACUCGCUCUGUGCUCAGUUUAUUAUUCAUUCAUUCCCAAUCCCCUCUAUAUCUAUUAACUUCCUGUUGGUUUGCAUGUGUGCACAGGUGCAAAUUGUGAGCCUGUGCUGCAGUGGCUAACGCGUCCUGGGUGGGCUGUUGUAUGAGUUGGAAUUGCUAACGGGGGUAAACGUCUCCCUGGUGGAUGUGCUAAAGGGAGCCGUUUUCCAGGCAAGCAGAUGGACGCCUAACGCUCCAUCUCUAUGCUAGAUUACAUUUUAAUUAAUUUCGAUCAGGUUUUUUGAGAUGUUUCUUGGCAGCAGAUCAAAAGCAACUUAAUGUAAUUUUUUUUUAUUGUUUUUUUUUUUGUUUGUUUUUUUUUCCCCAGUGAGCUUCCAUGCUAAAAACUCAGAAGUGCAAGCAGCAACGCAUGCUGCUAAACUCUGAGAAGCCUUAACGUCAACAUGCGUUAAAAUAUCUGUUUUUGACGGAUAAUUUGUCAUUUUUAAUUAAUUAAAUUACAUUUCGCAAUCACUGGGUUAACCACCACUGGUUUUAGUUUACUUCACAUGUUGGCAUGGAAACUUUAAAUCGAUCUCCAACCAAAUCCAGCACUGAAACAUCCUGCAGGACUUAAAGUGAAUUGUUUAAUUUCAUUGAUCCUGGCCGCUAUAAAUACCUGCAAAUGAGAAAAACGGUCGCUCUCCCAAAACGUUCGAGUGAUGAAAGAAAUGACUUCUAUCUGCCUCGUCCACGUGUUGAAAGAGAGACUGCUGCUAUAAGACCAUGGGACACCCAAAACGUAAUUUAAAAAAAAACCAAACUGCUACUUUGAUAACUAUGAUAUAUUUAGGUUUGCCCUGAUCUCCUACAUGUGGUUCCUACCUAACGACCUAACGAGGGUAGAGUUGCCCCAUAAUCCCAAAACAAAUCAAGUUUGGUCAGGCCUCUGAUCUGAUUUCAUCUGGUCUGAUCUGAAAUAAUUCCUGGAGAAAAAAAAAAAAAAAAAAAUUAUUCUUCCUUUAUGUCUCUUAUUUAACAUAUUUGCAGCCACAACUGCUUCACAAUAGUAUUGUUUAAAUAAGAGAAAACCAUUGUUGUGAGGGUUAAUGAACACACUGCAGAGCGCCUGGUCCUGUGCUGUUGCAGCUCCUCUUGUUGUACAGCUCUAGCGUUUCUGAUUACACCCUGCGUUCUUCAUCCAGUGUUUUCCCCGUAGACCCUCCUGAACUGAAGCAGAUUUCAUUAGAUUUUUCUAGAUUAAGGCUACAGUAGCUGAGAUUUGUCAUUAUAUUAACACUUUCCUCCUCCCUCAUGGAAUCAGAGACUUUUCGGUUGCUGAAAGAUUUCCGCUGUGAGGAACUCAACUGCAAAAGAUCUGGCGGGACAACAUUUGUGUCUGAUCAUUUGUGGGUUUCAUGAAUACACAAACGUGUGGAAAAGGACAUUUUGAAGCGAUGCUGCUCAUUACGUGACUUUGUGAUCCGAGUGAGACUAAAAGAAGCAUCAUGAAAUUGUUGGACACUUCCUGCUUCUUAAGCCAUCUGCCUAAGCUAUAUAAAUGCUGUGUGCGUAUGCGUGUGUGUGUGAGAGAGAAAGAGUUUUUGUGCGCCACAAGGACACGUGGUUAAAACCCCUACUGUUCUUCCUUUCCACUUCCCACACACAAUCUGUCAAUCCUUCUUGAAGUUCCACACUCAACAAACCCAAGACACAUCUACAGACACACACACACACACACACACACACCGCUAGACACUCAUUUGAAGUGAACAUGACAAAGGUAGAUCCUCAGUGGCCGCAUAAGGGUUCACUGAUGUCCUCUAGGGGGCUCAUGAUGUAACGCUCUGCAAGUUCCCAUCAAACAUCCACAACCAAGUAGCCAAAUGGGCCUCCAGGUGCCACUGUCGCUGUAACUAAAGUGAAUGUCUUACUGUCUUUACUCAACGUCUCAGUAGUCACUCUUGCUCUCUUGUUUCUUCUUGAAAGAUAAGAAGAUCUGAACUCUUUAGAGAAAUCUGCGCCCAAGUCGCCAUGGAGACAUUUUCUACGGGGGCCGCUUAGUUCACGCUGAACACUGUGACCCGAGUGAAAACCUGCUUACUCGAUGUUUCCACCCGAUCAUUUAACCUCCUUCUUACCCUCCAGUAGUCGCUGUGGUUUUGUCUCCCUGCGUUUCCUCUGAUGUUCCUUUUAAUUUAUUGUUCAUUGAUUUCUAAGGUUGUUUUUCUCUUUGUCACUGAUAUAACCUUUUUUUUUUUUCUGUCUUCCUUUUUUUGUAAAAGUGACCCUUUUUCUGUUCAGUCACUGCUAAUGUAACAAAAUGCACUGUGAUGAUUCCAGUAUUAAUAAAAGUUGUACUUUAACUGUG